UUAUUUGUUUUUACCUAUAGUAGUUUUAUAAAUAUGCUGUGAUAUAAACGUUUGUACUUCAGUUAUUUUCAGGCUGCAGUGAACGUUACAAAAAUAUAACUUUAAUUAAUUUAAGUAGCAUUAUUUCUUUUAAAACGUAUUAAUAUUUUAUUUUAAUGUCAACUUACAAGUUAACGUACUUCAAUAUACAUGGCCGUGCAGAGCCUAUUCGUUUUUUAUUAUCUUACUUAAAUAUCAAUUUUGAAGAUUGCCGUAUCGAAAAAGAACAAUGGGCCUCUGUAAAACCAAACACACCUUUUGGUAAAUUACCAAUGCUUGAAGUAGAUGGAAAGGUAUUACAUCAAACAUUGGCUAUUUGUCGUUAUUUAGGAAAAAAAGCUGGGUUAGCUGGUGAUAACGAUUGGGAAUCAGUUUUGAUUGACAUAGCAGUAGACAAUAUUCUAGAUUUUUGGCAAGAGAUUAUUAUCUAUUUUUAUAACACCAAUGAAGUCACUAAAGCUGAAUUAGGUAAGCGUCUCUUCGAAGUAACCACCCCAUUUUAUUUGGAUAAGUUUGAAAAAAUUGUCUCAGAAAAUGGCGGCUACUUUGUAAAUGAUAAGCUUUCGUGGGCAGACAUAUUUUUUGCGGCUAUUUGGGACUAUACAAAAGCUCUAGUAGACAUAGAUAUCGUUGAAGGUCGGCCAAAUUUGUCAAAGCUCCAAAAAACAGUCUUAAACAUACCUCAAAUUAAAUUAUGGACAGAAAAACGACCAAAAAACGUUCGAUUCUAUUAAAUAUUUUAAAUAAUUUAAUCUACAUAAAUCUAAAUCUAUAUUAUAAUAUUACUUUUUUGUAAAGAAUUUUGGUUAUGUUGUUUAAAUAAUAAUUGGUUUAAUUGUUA